AUGGCGGGCUUCAAGCUGCCCUACUCUGUACAUACCAGAUAUGGCACCAAAUUUCUGGUCCCAUUCCCAACUUCAAUAUCCCACCCAAGAUUCCACUUUACUUCUUCUGCUGGUUGCAGGGACCAUGCAGGUUUCCUCAUGCAAACUCUAGCUGUAAUGUAUCCCAAUAGCUUGUGCUAUAGGAAUUCUCUGGCGAAAGUAUCUUUGCAGGUACCACUCACGUCAAGAGCAUCAGCACAAGCCUUGACUGAGGAACUUGCAGAGGAUAAGCAAAAGGAUUUUCCUGCUAGUGGUGAUGCUAUACGUCAAAGAUUUCUCAACUUUUAUGCUUCAAGAGAUCACAAGAUUCUUCCAAGCGCUUCUCUUGUGCCAGAAGAUCCAACAGUUUUGUUGACAAUUGCAGGAAUGCUUCAGUUCAAGCCUAUAUUCCUUGGCAAGGUGCCCAGAGAAGUGCCUCGUGCUACAACUUCUCAGAGAUGUAUACGUACUAAUGAUGUCGAAAAUGUUGGUCGAACUUCCCGACAUCAGACGUUCUUUGAGAUGCUUGGAAAUUUCAGUUUUGGAGACUAUUUCAAGCAAGAUGCUAUCAAAUGGGCCUGGGAGCUUUCAACAUUGGAGUUCGGACUGCCAGCUGACAGAUUAUGGAUUAGUGUUUAUAAAGAUGACGACGAAGCUUUUGCAAUAUGGCACAAUGAGGUAGGUGUUCCUGCACACCGUAUAAAGAAACUUGGGGAAGAUGACAACUUCUGGACCAGUGGAGCAACUGGUCCCUGUGGACCUUGCUCUGAGAUUUAUUAUGAUUUCCAUCCAGAGAGAGGAAUUUCAGAUAUUGAUCUGGGAGAUGAUGCAAGAUUUAUAGAGUUCUACAACCUAGUCUUUAUGCAGUACAACAAAAAAGAUGAUGGUUCACUUGAGCCCUUAAAACAGAAGAACAUAGAUACUGGACUGGGCUUAGAGCGCAUGGCUCGCAUUCUUCAAAAUGUUGAGAAUAAUUAUGAAACGGACUUGAUUUUUCCCAUCAUAGAGAAGGCCUCAAAUUUGGCAAAUGUAUCAUACACUCUUGCAGAUGAGUCUAAAAAAACAAACCUUAAAAUAAUUGGAGAUCACAUGCGUGCAAUAGUCUAUCUUAUCUCAGAUGGAGUUUUUCCAUCAAAUAUUGGUAGGGGGUACGUAGUUAGGCGUCUUAUCCGAAGGGCAGUUCGAACUGGCAGGUUGCUUGGUAUAAAAGGUGAUGGUAUGGGAGACCUUGAAGGUGCAUUUUUGCCUGUACUUGCAGAAGAAGUAAUUAAUUUAAGCACCAACAUAGAUCCAGAUGUAAAAACUAGAGCUUCCCGCAUUCUCAAGGAAUUGGAAAGGGAGGAACUGCGUUUUGUAUUGACACUAGAGAGAGGAGAGAAACUUCUGGAACAGAUGUUGGUGGAUGCAUUGUCCACUGCUCAGGAAAAUGGGGCUUUACCUUGUCUGUCUGGCAAGGAUGCAUUUCUUCUUUAUGAUACUUACGGAUUUCCUGUGGAGAUAACAAAGGAAGUCGCUGAUGAAUGUGGUGUUAGUAUAGACAUGAAUAGUUUUGAAGUAGAGAUGGAGAACCAAAGACGCCAAUCUCAGGCUGCACAUAAUACAGUUAAACUUGCAGUUGAAGAUGGUGCAGAACUAACAGAAAAUAUUCCAGAUACAGAAUUUCUUGGUUAUGACAUCCUUUCUACCAAAGCAGUGGUUGAAGGUCUGUUAGUGAAUGGUAAACCUAUAAUGCAGGUUUCCGAAGGAAAUGAAGUGGAAGUGUUGCUGAACAGAACCACAUUUUAUGCUGAGUCAGGGGGUCAAAUUGGAGAUCAUGGUUUUCUGUAUGUUACUGAGGCUGGAAAAAAGGAAGCUGUCGUAGAGGUAAGAGACGUCCAAAAAUCCCUGGGUAACAUAUUUGUUCAUAAAGGUACCGUCGUAGAAGGUGUUAUCAAUGUUGGCAAAGAAGUUGAAGCUGCAGUAGAUGCAAACUUGAGGCAACGGGCGAAGGUCCAUCAUACCGCAACACAUUUGCUCCAAUCUGCACUUAAGAAAGUAAUAGGCCAGGAAACAUCUCAAGCUGGUUCAUUGGUGGCUUUUGAUCGCCUCAGGUUUGACUUCAACUUCCAUCGACCUCUUAAAGACAAUGAGAUCAUUGAAAUUGAAGGCCUGAUCAAUAAAUGGAUCGGAGAUGCAACACUUCUGGAGUCAAAAGUCAUGCCAUUGACCGAUGCAAAGAAAGCAGGGGCUAUUGCAAUGUUUGGUGAAAAAUAUGGAGAAGAGGUACGUGUUGUGGAGGUUCCCGGUGUAUCUAUGGAGCUAUGUGGUGGCACCCAUGUCAACAAUACUUCUGAAAUACGUGGCUUCAAAAUAAUUUCUGAACAAGGGAUUGCAUCUGGAAUCAGGCGCAUUGAAGCUGUUGCUGGUGAAGCUUUUAUUGAGUAUGUCAUUGCCCGAGAUAACCACAUGAAACAGCUAUGCUCCACUCUCAAAGUAAACGCUGAAGAUGUUACAACAAGAGUAAACAAUAUUUUGAAAGAUCUACGAGAGGCAAGAAAUGAAGUUUCAGCUGCACGUGCAAAAGCAGCCAUUUACAAAGCAUCAACCAUCGUUAGCAAUGCAGUUACUGUAGGAUCUUCAACAAAGAUCAGUGUGCUAGUUGAGAGCAUGGAUGAUAUUGAUGCUGAUGCAUUAAAGAGUGCUGCAGAGUAUUUAGUGGAUACACUGCCUGAUCCAGCAGCGGUGAUUUUGGGCUCAUGCCCUGGUGAAAAAAGAGUAAGUUUAGUUGCUGCUUUUACUCCAGGAGUGGUUGAUCUUGGAAUUCAAGCAGGGAAGUUUAUAGGGCCAGUAGCCAAGUUUUGUGGUGGAAGAGGGGGUGGUCGGCCUAAUUUUGCUCAGGCAGGUGGAAAUGAGCCUGAAAAAUUGUUGAUUGCACUUGAAAAAGCUCGAGAUGAGCUCAUCUCCUUUCUAUCUGAGAAGACAGGCUGA